GCGGGAGGCUGAGAGGGCAACGAGAUGACUGCCAUAUGGAGUUCUUUGCAGGACUUCCACGACAAGUAUCCCGCACCUGGUCAUUGGGGAGGACCCGUCGGAGAUGCAGAGAUCGAGCAGCCUGACUUUGAUCCCGUGAGAUGGUGGCGAGUUCAGGGGGUUGAGCAUCGGAUACUGCGAGAUGUCGCCAUGCGCUGCUUGGGCGCGUGGACCACUGCCUCUCCCUGUGAGAGGAAUUGGUCCACACACGACUUCGUGCACACGAAGAGGCCCAACAGGCUGGGUGUCGAGCAAUUGGAGAAGCUUGUGUUCUGUCACUGGAACCUCAAGCUUCUCCAGAGCAGUCACGCGCGUGGCGGGUUCAUAGGGGCAGGCCUGCCAGGGGUCGGAUUGACUGAUAUGGAGAGGAGGGUUGAGGACUACUCCCGUUUUGAGCCGGACGUGAUGGCCCCAGGGACAUACGACCCAACGGAGAUCGAGAUGGAGGUCAAUCGCCUCAGGAGGCAGUCGAGGGGCAGACGCUUGGCAUGGGCUGCAGCAGCGUUGGACCAUAAGAUUCGCCAGCAGGGCGAUGACACGACCCGUGGGGAGGAUGUGAUUGACGACGAUGUGUCGUGGUUGUCAGGGCCUUAUCGAGGGGACGGUUUUUUGGAUGCCGAGGCCCCUGCGACUGUGAGCCCUGCAGGUCGGAUGCUCCCACCACGCGCCCCGAUCGACGAUGAAGCCCCCCUCGCUGGCACACCUGCCCCCGAGGCAGACUCGCACAACAUUCAUGGAGACGAGUUUCCUGAAGUGUCGGGCGGCGCCGACAUAGAUGAUGGCAUCGGGGGGGAUGGUACGGGGGGCCAGGUUGAUGCAGCGACUACCGCACCCCAGGAGUCCCAUCAGCUCAGGGAGCCCGCUACUCGAUCUCCCACUCCGGCAGCCCUUGAGAGCACGCUUCAGCCGUCUUUCGUGGGAGACACUGUUGAGGGCACAUCGUCCGAGUGCCCCGCCUCGGCUGCUGCCACCUUUUCCAGCCCCCACCGUGCAGUAGAGUACGACUUUGAGGGGAGGCUCAGACGACGAGCGGGUUUCACAGGUCCGCUAGACUUGUGGACGGCAUCGGCUUGUGCAGAGCCCGUUGGUGGGAAGGCUGCUGUUGGGGAGGCUACCUCCAGAGAGGGAGGCACAGACAGGGAGGAUAUCGCGCACGACCUGGCAGCCGCCGGUUACUUGCCAGAGGCGAUUGAGCAGGCAUUGGUGGGGUACCCCGGGAGACAUGGACGAUGCAUGCCGCAGCAGGGGAUGCGCGCACGCCACGGGGCGGAUGGUGUCACUGCACGCGUUUCUCCCCUGCUCCCGUUGCCACGUCCAGAUCCUUCUUUGGCACUGGGGAUCGCGGGCCCCGGACUGCAGCCGCCUCCCACGAUGGAUACGCAGGGUGCCAGUGGACAUUGCAGCGGCACAGGGGCGCAUGACUCCCCAGGCACCAGUCUUCGUCGUGAAGCCACCCCCUCGGAUUUCGGCGCACGGGCGACGAUGCCGUUGCCGCCCAGAGACCCCUCAGGCAUCAUCGAGCCGAUUCGAUCGUUCGUUGGUCGCAAGAGGAAGCCUGAGAGUGUCGCGGGACAGGAGGUCAGGGGAGCUGCAGGUUCUGGCCGAGGCCGAGGCCGGGCAUCGGGAGUGGGGAGGUGCGCGGGCAAGAGGGAUAUGUCAGGACGGGUACGCGAGAGAGGAGUGGGGCGCGGGAGAGGAGAGGGACGUCCCAGAGGCCGGCCACUGGGACGGGGGAGACGAGUGGGACGUGCCACGACACGUGGGGGCGGUGCACCACGGAGGAGAGCGCUUGCAGAUGGAAGAGACGUUCACGCGGACGCAGCACCGGUCACAUCAUCGAGCGCCGAGUUCGAGGAGGGCAUAGCGCUGCGGAUCACCAGGAGGCGCACGGGAGAGGCGACGACGAUGGCAGCACUAGCAUCCGCGGCCACAUCAGGCUCGAGCACAUCGGCAUCAUCGAGCGACCCGGAUUUCGAGGGGGGUGUUGAGGAGGACGAGGAGGAGGCAGAGGUCGAUGCAGACAUUGCGGCGGGAGGGGGUGACAGGAUCGUAUAGUUUUGUACAUUUUUCGUUUUGUGUGCGGGUGUGCGCAGUGUGUGCAGUGUGUGCAGUGUGUGUGUCUGUGUGUGUUUCUGUGUGUGUGUGUGUGCGUGUGUGUGUGUGCAGAUAGUUUUUGUCGCCACAAGCAAAACUCGGAGGGUGUACCGGUGCUUUGAGCUU